AUUUCAGUCUCCUGCCAGCUGCCGGCGGCGGCUCAUUCGGGAAGGAGGAGCAGGGAGCCGGGCCCAGAGCUGUCACCCAGGGUUGGGAGGGAACGCAGAGCCCGCCUGCCCGCUGAGCUCCCCUUCCUGUCCCAAGUGCUCAGCCAUACCCCAGCUCCCAGGAACCAGGGAGAGGCUGGUGGUCGGAUGCCCCUCUAGAGCAGAGCUGGGCCUGCAGCUCUAGGGCCUCCCUGCCCCUCCUGCCGCCAGGAGUGCCCAGGCCGGAUGAGGCACUUCCCUACAGUGUGGGUCCCAUCGGCAGUGGCCUGAGGGAACCUGUGCUGUGCGGGCUGCCCGACCACCUUCCCUUCGGCCUGCUCCCCGCCUCUGGCGGCCCCCUCCCUGGCAUGCUGCUGGUGCCCAAGGCUCAGGGGCUCGUGGAGAUGCUGCAGACCAUCUAUGAGACAGAAUCCUGUUUCUCAGCAGAUGGGAUGUCAGGCCGGGAACCAUCCUUGGAAAUCCUGCCGCGGACUUCUCUGCACAGCAUCCCUGUGACAGUGGGGAGAAGACAGAGAGCCAGAAGAGCUGGGAUUAAGCCCUGGGUCCUCCAUCUCCUUUCCAGGUGACCUUGGACAAGUCUCUUCCUUCUCUGGCCUCACUUUCCUCCCUCUGAAAACAGGGGGAAUUGAGUUGCUGGUCUUCAGGCCUUUCCUUCCCUGACACUCUAAGGGUCUCUGAGUGGAGGUGAAGCCGGUGCUGCCAAGAGCCAUGCCCAGUUCCAUGGGGGGUGGGGGUGGAGGCAGCCCCAGCCCUGUGGAGCUACGGGGGGCUCUGGUGGGCUCUGUGGACCCCACACUGCGGGAGCAGCAACUGCAGCAGGAGCUCCUGGCGCUCAAGCAGCAGCAGCAGCUGCAGAAGCAGCUCCUGUUCGCUGAGUUCCAGAAACAGCAUGACCACCUGACAAGGCAGCAUGAAGUCCAGCUGCAGAAGCACCUCAAGCAGCAGCAGGAGAUGCUGGCAGCCAAGCAGCAGCAGGAGAUGCUGGCAGCCAAGCGGCAGCAGGAGCUGGAGCAGCAGCGGCAGCGGGAGCAGCAGCGGCAGGAAGAGCUGGAGAAGCAGCGGCUGGAGCAGCAGCUGCUCAUCCUGCGGAACAAGGAGAAGAGCAAAGAGAGUGCCAUUGCCAGCACCGAGGUAAAGCUGAGGCUCCAGGAAUUCCUCUUGUCGAAGUCAAAGGAGCCCACACCAGGCGGCCUCAACCAUUCCCUCCCACAGCACCCCAAAUGCUGGGGAGCCCACCAUGCUUCUUUGGACCAGAGUUCCCCUCCCCAGAGCGGCCCCCCUGGGACGCCUCCCUCCUACAAACUGCCUUUGCCUGGGCCCUACGACAGUCGAGACGACUUCCCCCUCCGCAAAACAGCCUCUGAACCCAACUUGAAAGUGCGUUCAAGGCUAAAACAGAAGGUGGCCGAGCGGAGAAGCAGUCCCCUCCUGCGUCGCAAGGAUGGGACUGUUAUUAGCACCUUUAAGAAGAGAGCUGUUGAGAUCACAGGUGCCGGGCCUGGGGCGUCGUCCGUGUGUAACAGCGCACCCGGCUCCGGCCCCAGCUCUCCCAACAGCUCCCACAGCACCAUCGCUGAGAAUGGCUUUACUGGCUCAGUCCCCAACAUCCCCACUGAGAUGCUCCCUCAGCACCGAGCCCUCCCUCUGGACAGCUCCCCCAACCAGUUCAGCCUCUACACGUCUCCUUCUCUGCCCAACAUCUCCCUAGGGCUGCAGGCCACGGUCACUGUCACCAACUCACACCUCACUGCCUCCCCGAAGCUGUCGACACAGCAGGAGGCCGAGAGGCAGGCCCUCCAGUCCCUGCGGCAGGGUGGCACGCUGACAGGCAAGUUCAUGAGCACAUCCUCUAUUCCUGGCUGCCUGCUGGGCGUGGCACUGGAGGGCGACGGGAGCCCCCACGGGCAUGCCUCCCUGCUGCAGCAUGUGCUGUUGCUGGAGCAGGCCCGGCAGCAGAGUACCCUCAUUGCUGUGCCACUCCACGGGCAGUCCCCACUAGUGACGGGUGAACGUGUGGCCACCAGCAUGCGGACGGUAGGCAAGCUCCCGCGGCAUCGGCCCCUGAGCCGCACUCAGUCCUCACCGCUGCCGCAGAGUCCCCAGGCCCUGCAGCAGCUGGUCAUGCAACAACAGCACCAGCAGUUCCUGGAGAAGCAGAAGCAGCAGCAGCUACAGCUGGGCAAGAUCCUCACCAAGACAGGGGAGCUGCCCAGGCAGCCCACCACCCACCCUGAGGAGACAGAGGAGGAGCUGACAGAGCAGCAGGAGGUCUUGCUGGGGGAGGGAGCCCUGACCAUGCCCCGGGAGGGCUCCACAGAGAGUGAGAGCACACAGGAAGACCUGGAGGAGGAGGACGAGGAAGAGGAUGGGGAGGAGGAGGAGGAUUGCAUCCAGGUUAAGGACGAGGAGGGCGAGAGUGGUGCUGAGGAGGGGCCCGACUUGGAGGAGCCUGGUGCUGGAUACAAAAAACUGUUCUCAGAUGCCCAGCCGCUGCAGCCUUUGCAGGUGUACCAGGCGCCCCUCAGCCUGGCCACUGUGCCCCACCAGGCCCUGGGCCGUACCCAGUCCUCCCCUGCUGCCCCUGGGGGCAUGAAGAGCCCCCCAGACCAGCCCGUCAAGCACCUCUUCACCACAGGUGUGGUCUACGACACGUUCAUGCUAAAGCACCAGUGCAUGUGCGGGAACACACACGUGCACCCUGAGCAUGCUGGCCGGAUCCAGAGCAUCUGGUCCCGGCUGCAGGAGACAGGCCUGCUUAGCAAGUGCGAGCGGAUCCGAGGUCGCAAAGCCACGCUAGAUGAGAUCCAGACAGUGCACUCUGAAUACCACACCCUGCUCUAUGGGACCAGUCCCCUCAACCGGCAGAAGCUAGACAGCAAGAAGUUGCUCGGCCCCAUCAGCCAGAAGAUGUAUGCUGUGCUGCCUUGUGGGGGCAUCGGGGUGGACAGUGACACCGUGUGGAAUGAGAUGCACUCCUCCAGUGCUGUGCGCAUGGCAGUGGGCUGCCUGCUGGAGCUGGCCUUCAAGGUGGCUGCAGGAGAGCUCAAGAAUGGAUUUGCCAUCAUCCGGCCCCCAGGACACCACGCCGAGGAAUCCACAGCCAUGGGAUUCUGCUUCUUCAACUCUGUAGCCAUCACCGCAAAACUCCUACAGCAGAAGUUGAACGUGGGCAAGGUCCUCAUCGUGGACUGGGACAUUCACCAUGGCAAUGGCACCCAGCAGGCGUUCUACAAUGACCCCUCUGUGCUCUACAUCUCUCUGCAUCGCUAUGACAACGGGAACUUCUUUCCAGGCUCUGGGGCUCCUGAAGAGGUUGGUGGAGGACCAGGCGUGGGGUACAAUGUGAACGUGGCAUGGACAGGAGGUGUGGACCCCCCCAUUGGAGACGUGGAGUACCUUACAGCCUUCAGGACAGUGGUGAUGCCCAUUGCCCACGAGUUCUCACCUGAUGUGGUCCUAGUCUCCGCCGGGUUUGAUGCUGUUGAAGGACAUCUGUCUCCUCUGGGUGGCUACUCUGUCACCGCCAGAUGUUUUGGCCACUUGACCAGGCAGCUGAUGACCCUGGCAGGGGGCCGGGUGGUGCUGGCCCUGGAGGGAGGCCAUGACUUGACCGCCAUCUGUGAUGCCUCUGAGGCUUGUGUCUCGGCUCUGCUCAGUGUAGAGCUGCAGCCCUUGGAUGAGGCAGUCUUGCAGCAAAAGCCCAACAUCAACGCAGUGGCCACGCUAGAGAAAGUCAUCGAGAUCCAGAGCAAACACUGGAGCUGUGUGCAGAAGUUCGCCGCUGGUCUGGGCCGGUCCCUGCGAGAGGCCCAAGCAGGUGAGACCGAGGAGGCCGAGACUGUGAGCGCCAUGGCCUUGCUGUCGGUGGGGGCCGAGCAGGCCCAGGCUGCGGCAGCCCGGGAACACAGCCCCAGGCCGGCAGAGGAGCCCAUGGAGCAGGAGCCUGCCCUGUGACGCCCCGGCCCCCAUCCCUCUGGGCUUCACCAUUGUGAUUUUGUUUAUUUUUUCUAUUAAAAACAAAAAGUCACACAUUCAA